AUGGUUGUCAGACAAGCAAAAAAAUUAAGCGAUGCUUACAUCGAAUAUAAAGUAAAUGGUAAAAUUACGUGGGACUCACCGUUGCUGUUUGUUGUUAUUCGUAUAACAGACCAAAUAGAAAAAGAAUAUAUUCCUGAAUUGUCAACGUUUAGCAGUUUCUGUCCCGAUCAGCUUAUCACACGCUUGAAAGAAAAGUUUGCCGGAGAAGAAAUUAACUGGAGUCGCAUCAUGAUUCUGUAUCUUUUUUGCGCUUUAAUAGCGAAGGGAAAGAGCGAGAACGAAAUUUUUCAACUCAAGAAAUAUACCGGUGAAUUCGCUAUUGAAAGGUUUGGUGAUUGGAUCUCUGAGAACGGUGGCUGGGAAAGUUUUGUGUUUUUUAACGCCGAUGUUUUUCCAGUAGAGGAAUCAACCACUGAAAUCAUAAAGUAUGAUUGUUCUUGUUUUUGCUCUUACCGGAAUGUGUGA